AUGGCGGACACCGAUUUCCCAUUCUACAGACGUGGAAGUGCCUCACAUGAUGAGAGUGUGAGACCUCCUUCCUAUGUGAAGCCUAAGAAUAAGGGUGUCAAUGAAAAAUUUGCCUUGGGACGGAGGGGAAUCCUGGUUUUCUUCACUUUGGCGGUUCUUACAUUGAUGGCUGCUCUCGAUGGAACUUCGUUGUCUGUUGCCCUACCGCAUAUCGCACAGGAGUUGAACGGGACAGCGAUAGAGGCAUUUUGGAGUGGUACCUCGUUCCUACUAUGCUCAACUGUGUUCCAACCGAGCUUCGCUUCUUUCUCGAAUAUUUUCGGCCGCCGUCCUAUGAUACUGAUCUCCCUCGUGUUCUUUUGUAUCGGUGCUAUUAUCUCGGCAAUUGCAAAUAACUUUACCUACAUGCUAGUCGGUCGAUCUAUACAAGGUGUCGGUGGAGGUGGAAUCAUUUCACUGAGCGAGGUCAUAAUUACUGACCUCGUUCCUCUACGAUGGCGAGGGCAGUACUUCGGCAUAUUGAGUGCAAUGUGGAGUGUUGGCUCAGUGACCGGGCCAAUUCUUGGAGGCGGAUUCGCCCAAAAUGUAUCAUGGCGAUGGAUCUUCUAUAUUAACUUCCCCUUCAUCGGCAUCGGCUUGAUACUCGUCAUUCUCUUCCUCAACCUGAAGCUCGCACCUAGUUCCUUGAUUGAAAAGCUCCGACGAAUCGAUUAUUUCGGAACUGUUCUCUUCGUCGGUAGUAUAUCAUCCUUCCUCAUUCCGCUCACCUGGGGUGGAGUCUCCUAUUCCUGGAGUUCAUGGCGGACAUUGGUCCCUCUUUGCGUGGGAGGCGCUGGUCUCCUUAUUUUCGCAUUUUACGAAUAUCGCUUCGCCUCCGACCCGAUCAUUCCACCAGUAAUUUUCAAGAACCGCACGGCAACUGCCUCAUUCAUUGGAAGUGUUCUCCAGGGCUUCAUUCUGUGGUGUGCGCUCUAUUAUCUUCCUCUAUAUUAUGAAGCCGUGAAGGAAUAUAGCCCCAUCCUUUCAGGCGUGGCACUCUUCCCUGAGACUUUCACUGUUGCCCCUAGUGGUAUGGUUGCUGGAAUUCUCAUCACAGUGACUGGUCGUUACCGGUGGGCUGUGUGGCUGGGAUGGGUUCUUUCAACCAUCGGUCUUGGUCUACUGUGUCUGAUCAAAGUCCACACCAGCGUCGCUGGCUGGAUUUUCCUGAACAUUGUCUCAGGUUUGGGACUGGGAAUUCUGUUCCCCUCCCUGGGCUACGCUAUCCAGGCUUCUUCGGAGCCAGAGAACCUCGCUAUCGCGGUUGCCAUGUUCAGUUUCUUCCGUGCCCUCGGCCAAUCUAUUGGUGUCGCGGUUGGUGGAGUGGUCUUCCAGAACCGCAUGUUUAGUAACCUCAUGAAAUAUCCUGGUCUGGCUCCUAUGGCCGAUGCAUACAGCAAGGAUGCCGCGGGCUUGGUUCAAAUUAUCAAGGCUAUGGCAGACAGUGCGGACAAGGCUAACCUCAAGGAGGCGUAUACAGACAGUCUGCGCACAGUAUGGAUUGUGUGCUGUGCGGUCUCCGGCGUGGCUUUGGUGAUCAGUUUAUUGACUGAGCAUUACGACCUAGAUCGUGAUUUGGAGACGAACCAGGGUCUUCGGGGGGAUGAUGAGACCAUUACAAGCGAGAAGGACUUGGAGAUGCGUGCAGGCAGGAUGAUAGAUCCAGAAAGCCGACCUUCUGUGUGGUGA